AAAUCCACUCAUAUUUCCCUCAAUCGAGGAUCUCUCCUUCCCCCAUAAAUAGCAAUGGUGGGGAAGAUAACCCGAAAGUACUCCGCGGGUGGGUCCCACCACCCCGUCAUAAUAAUCGGCGCCGGCCCGGCCGGCCUCUCCACCGCCGCCUGCCUCUCCGUCCUCUCCAUCCCAUACGUAAUCCUCGAACGCGACAGCUGCAUCGCUUCCUUGUGGCGCCGCCGCGCUUAUAAUCGCCUUAAGCUCCACCUCGCCAAACGCUUUUGCCAGCUCCCCCACAUGCCGUACCCCGCCGGCACCCCCACGUACAUUCCCAAGGACAGGUUCAUUGAGUAUCUGGACGACUACGCGGCCAGGUUCGACGUCCGGCCGGAGUUCGGGUGUUUUGUGGAGUCUGCGGUUUAUAGGGAGGGGGAAGGGGAGUGGGGGGUGAGGGUGAGGAGGGUGAAUGGGGAGGAGAGAGAAUACGUGGGAGGAUAUGUGGUGGUUGCCACGGGUGAGAACGGCGCGCCACACGUGCCGGAGUUUGAAGGAAUGGGAGGGUUCGAAGGAGAGGUGGUGCACUCUGCGGAUUAUAAGAGUGGGGAUAGGUAUAAAGGCAUGAGAGUUCUGGUUGUUGGGUGUGGGAAUUCGGGGAUGGAGAUAGCUUAUGAUCUUGCCAGCCAUGGAGCAUUCACGUAUGUUUGUGCCAGAAGUAAGUUCCACGUGAUGAGCAAGGAGAUGAUUUAUUGGGGAAUGGUUCUUUUGGAUCGUAAGAUGCCGCUGUGGAUUGUUGAUAAGUUCUGCGUUUUCCUCAGCGAGCUUCGGUAUGGAGAUCUGUCCAAGUUUGGGAUCAUUAGACCGAAGGAUGGGCCAUUUUUCCUCAAGGCCACCUUGGGUAAAUCGCCUGUUAUAGAUGUUGGGACUGUUCACAAAAUCAAGACGGGUGAAAUUCAGGUCUUGCCAGGAAUUUCAUAUUUUGAGGGGGGCAAUUGUGUAAAAUUCACAAACGGAGCAUCGCACCGCUUUGAUGCCAUAUUGUUUGCCACCGGAUAUAAGAGCAUAGCCAACAAAUGGGUUCAGGAUGAGACCAACUUCCUGAAUGAACAAGGGCUUCCAGCUAAAAAAUUUCCAGAUCACUGGAAGGGAGAAAAUGGAAUUUAUAGCGCAGGCUUGUCGCGCCGAGGACUAGAUGGGAUAGCAAGUGAUGCUAGGCUUAUAGCUAAUGAUAUUAACAUGAUCAUGAAGAGCAAAAGACCCUUCACAAACCAUACAUAUGAGGCAUGUAAAGAGAACUAGAGGACAACCUUUCCCUCAAUGAUUGAGUUAUGUUUGUCAAGCUAGCCAAUCCUAUUUGAUUUGUGGUGAAGGAAAAAAUAUUACAUAUCAGAGAGUAGUGCGCUGAGAGUGUACUACAACACAGUAUAUAAUAUUUUCUCGUGUUAAAGAUGUGUUAUUGCUAGAUUUUGUAAAGCCUAGCAAGUAUUAGUAAUUGCAUUGCAGUUGCUAAGAAGCGGGAGAAUUUUUAUUUUUUAUUUUUUGAGGGAACAAGUAUGAAAUUUAAUAAUUGGAAAU